UAACGGUUCGAAUUGACGCAACGGACUCCCCUGACCGGAUUUAUCUGUUUCCAUAUGACCGGGCUUACUUUCACAGCGGGGUUCAUACUGGAAUACUGGACCUUGACAGAAAGACAAAGAAGAGAGAGAGAGAGAGAGAGAGAGAGAGAGAGAGAGACUUAAUGAAAUAGCGUUAUCAGCGGCAGAAGAAGAGGAGAGCGCAGGCACCGGGGAGUUUUUUUUUUAAAUACCCAUUUGUAUGGUUCUCGGAUCAUAAGCACUUGAGGACUAGAAACAUGCACCUACUGGGAAUAUCUCUUUUAUUGGCAUAUCUUCUCUACACCAACCUCGCCAGCGACUUCAGCCACAGCGACUAUCAUGAUUACUACGAGCAGGAGCAGACGGACGAGUCGGCCCUCACUGAAUACCUUGAAGGCCCAGAGUGUUCCCCACUGGUUCCCCAAACAGGACUCUCAACCUAAGCCAGACAUGGAGCAGAAGCUGCGUUCGGCCUCCAGUGUUGAUGAACUAAUGAGUCUCAUCUAUCCUUCAUACUGGGCUGCACUGAAGUGCAGAUCCAAACUUUCUGCUGCCGCUGCCUCUUCAGCCUCCAAACUCUCUCAGAGGCCACAGCCUCGCCGACUGAGGCCGCUGGCUGAUACAGAAGAACCAACAUUUGCUGCUGCCUACCUCAACUUGGACAUCUUGAAAAGUAUAGAGUCAGAGUGGAGGAAGACUCAGUGCAUGCCCAGGGAAGUGUGUGUCGACGUGGGCAGGGAGUUUGGAGCUCCAACCAACAUCUUCUAUAAACCACCCUGUGUGUCCGUCUACAGAUGUGGAGGAUGCUGCCACUCUGAGGACAAACAAUGCAGGAAUAUCUCCACUGGUUACCUCAGCAAAACUCUGUUUGAGAUCACGGUGCCCAUCACCCAAGGCACCAGGCCAGUGACCAUCAGCGUGGCCAACCACACCCAGUGCACCUGUCUGUCCAAACUGGACGUCUACAAGCAAGUUCACAGCAUCAUCAGGAGAGCCCUGCCCGAGUGUCCAACAGCCAACAGGACAUGUCCCCCUGGUCAGACUUGGAGCAACAGGCUGUGUUGGUGUGUCAGCAUGGCCACCAAUAUCCACUACAACACCCCUCCACCACCACUGCCCCCCCCAAGGUCCUCCCAACAGCACCUUGACAUAUUUUCAGCAGAUGUGUGUGGCCCAGACAAGGAACUGGAUGUGGAAACGUGUCAGUGUGUGUGUCAGCGCCGGCAUCAAACCCAAGACUGUGGCCCUAACCGACAUCUCGACCGCAAUACCUGUCAGUGUGUUUGCAACGUCCCACCUGCGCCCACCUGCCCGCUCAACCACGUCUUCAACAAGGACACCUGCCAGUGUACAUGCAUCAAGACAUGUCCGCGGCACCAGCCCCUCAAUAAAACAAAGUGUUCCUGUGAAUGUAAUGAGUCACCCAAUAAGUGUUUCCUAAAGGGACGGAGGUUCCAUCAAGCUACAUGCAGUUGUCUCAGGCCUCCCUGCGAGGUCAGGAGGCGAAGGUGUGAGUCAGGUUUCUUUUUCAGUGAGGAAGUGUGUCGCUGUGUACCGUCCCACUGGAGACGGCUGGACUAACCGCUGGCUAAUGAGACACUAAUGAGAUGCUAAUGAGCAGAUAAUAAACUCAACAAGUAGAAUUCAUCACCCAUUCCCCUGUAGACUUGUGGUCAUGAGUAUCCCCAUCAGCUGUGAUGGCAGCUAAGUGUGUGGACCCUGAUGAAUGUGGGAACCUUAGAGAUUUGAGUGCAGAUAUGGGAAACUGGUUAUUUGAAGGUGAGAAAUGCACUGACUUGCCUGUGAGGAUAUUUUAAUAAGAGAGUGACUGAUUGGAGCCUAGGAAUUGAAGGAAGGACUGAAAGAGAGUCAACACUCGUCACUUGUUUUAAAAUGUUGAAUAAUUUGUUUUAAAAUAUUGUGUGUGUGUGGGGGGUUGUAUUAAUUAUGUCUCCGUAUUCUUAUGUCAGAUAUUAAUUAUAUAAUUUAUUAAAUGUUAUUUUUCAACCUAUGUUUAUUGCUAUUUCAAUCUUUUCCAAGAAAAUACACUGUGAUCAGUAUUUUUGUAUCAUGUGAAGUAUAUGUGUAAAAUAAAGUAUACUGGAUGUUGAGUAUUAAUAA